GCCGGGCCCGGCGCGGAGAUGGCGGACGACAGCAGGCAGAACAAGCUGGCGGCGGCCAAGAAGAAGCUGAAAGAAUAUCAGCAGAAAAACAGCCCCGUGUCGGCAGUGGGGGCCAAAAAGAAACGGAGGAGUAAAGAAACAAGUCGCCCAGAGACGCCUGUUAAUGAUGGAGUACAAUCUCCUGAAAAUGCCCACAACGAUGGCGACCUAGCUGCUGGUGUCUCCCUGCUGCCUAACAGCAGAAGCGUGCCUGCCUCUGUUGCUCCAAAUCCUGGCAAUGGGCAGCUGUCACAGAUCUGUGACACUGAUCAUAAUACCGUGUUGGAUGAAAAUAGGUCCCUCUCGGCUACGGAGAGUCUCCGGAAGCUCUCUGAACAACUGAACGGCAUGGUCAGCCAGACCACGACUUACAUCAACGGAGAAAACGUCAUGCCGACGGCGGAUAUGAAAGAGAUGGCGACCCGUUACCAGGAGCUGGCAGUAGCUCUUGACUCCAGCAAUUUAACAAACAAAGAACUCAAUGCAGAGAUAGAGGAAAUGAAACAGCAGAACCAAGACGUCACGAAUGAGUUGGAGAAGGAGAAGAAAGGGUUUGAGCAGCGGUUUGCGAAGGAGCAAGCCACCCUACGAGAACAAUUACAGGUCCACAUUCAGACCAUCGGCAUCCUGGUCUCUGAGAAGUCCGAAUUGCAGACCGCUCUUUCCCACACACAGCAGGCUGCCCGGCAGAAAGCAGGGGAAGCUGAGGACCUGGCCGCUCGGCUGCAGUCAUCUCGACAGAGGGUCUCCGAGGUGGAAUACACCCUCUCCUCCCUCUCCGUUCAGCAGAAGCAGACAGAGAAACACAACAAAGAGCUAGCCAAGGAACGGGAUAACCUCAAACUGGAAAUGUACAAGCAAAGUAAAACCAACGAAGAGCUCAAGCAGCAGACUUCGGAGUUGUCGGAGAAACUACACAACCUGCUCUCUGAAAACUCAGCCAUGAAACUAGACGUGGAAGAUUUGCACAAGAAACUGGAAAUGGCCGAGCUGCUGAUCCAGCAGUUUUCAAGCCAACCAGGGAUCUCAGAUGCCGCUGCCCAGCAGCUGCAGGCAGCCCUGGAGGAAAGAGCCAACUUAGAAAGCCAAAUUGCCCAGCUGUCAGAGUCUUUGCAAAAACUGCAGACCGAACGGGAUCAAUACGUCCUGCGGCUGAAGGAGGAAGGGAGCAUCUGGCAGCAGCGAGUCGAGCUCCUCUCCGAACAGGUCCGGACUCUGACGGGAGAGAAAGAACUCAGCGAGACUCGGAUUGGGGAGCUGGAGGCCAACCUCUCAGAGUUGCUGAGCAGUCAGUCAGCGGUGAAGCCCCAGGAGACUCAGCCCGCCCCUGCUGCCCCGGGGCCCUCGCCGACUGAACUGCACCUUCAAGAGGAGCUGGCUCGGCUGGAGAAGGAGAAGGAGGAGCUGCUGGACCGAUGGCAGACCCAGGUGCGAGACAACGGGCAGAUGAGCCGACUCAACCAGGAGCAGGAGGAGCGGCUUCAAGAGCUGGAGAAGGCCUUGCAGCGCCACAGCGAGGAGGACGUGGACAAGCAGCAGAUCUUGGAGAACAUGCAGAGCGACAAAGCCACCAUCAGCCGAGCCUUGACCCAGAACCGGGAGCUGAAGGAGCAGCUGGCGGAGCUGCAGAAUGGAUUUGUCAAACUG